AUGUUCCGGAUAAAUUGCACACAAAUGAAGCCCCGGUGGAGAAUUCUCCACUAUCCGCCUAUAGUGAACGCAAACUUAAGGCUCUGCGAAUUGCUAAUUCUCAAUGUUUUGUGGACCGCGGCUUUGAGGCUCGAAUCUAUUUCCGGUAGUAGGCCCAAGCCGGAUCCAAAGAGGAAAUUUCAGCUCGGAUUAGACCUCCAACUAGACUCCGAUGGAGAUUCGGUGGCUCGCCAAUGUGAGCUCGAGCUCAAAUUACCAACACAAGUGGCCUUGGGAGACCGGGGCAAUCCGAGCAAUUCCAGCUCAUGUGAGAAGCUCCUUCGACCUCUCUUGGCUCGGGUUGGUGGGCAUUAUAGUGCCCACCUAAUGCUUGCUCGGAGUUUUAAGCAAGUCCCGGCAACGUUAAUGCUCGUCAAUCGAGCAUAUGCAUUGGUGCCUAUGCACAAGAACAAAAACUAUGAUUAA